AAUAAUAAUAAUAAUAUCAUAAAUUUAUAUUCCGUACGAUGGCUACAUUUACCCAGCACCGUUGGAAAUCUAUCAUUGGCCAUGAGCCGUUCCGAGACCAAGGCAAAGAUACAAAAUGCCAUACAAUUUAUCUAUUACAAAAAUGGAAAUUUACUGGCCAAAUUGUCGCCUGGUGAUGAAUCGGAAGAAGCCAUCUCAUAUGUGGCCCGCAAAUGUGGAGGCAAUGAAAAAACCUCGUUUAUUUUUCAUGGUUGGACGGAAAGUUGUAGUACAGAAUGGGUUGGCAAUCUGAGAGAACGUUUGACAUUUUAUCGUGGCGGCUGUAUAAUUUGCAUAGACUACAGCAACUGGUCCAAGAAACCCUAUUUGGAUUUGGUACAAAAAUUCGAUAUUAUCAGUCAUAUUUUAUACGAAGAAAUUCUUGAACUAAUACGUAGAGGUGUUGACCCGGCAAAUGGCUAUAUGUUCGGUUUUAGUUAUGGCGGUCAAUUGGCAUCAAAAAUUGGCAGACAAUUGAUACAUUACAAUGAUUAUAUGUUUAAGCAGAUUGAUAUGUGUGACAUUGCCGGACCUGGCUUUGAUUUUCUCAGCUAUGCGGCCCAUCGUGAAGCUGCCGAAAAUGUGGCCUGCUAUUAUGCCAGUCUAGAUAAGGGUACACAAUUUCGUAGUUGCCAUCAAAAUAUAUUGCUGGGCCACUGCGGCUAUACACAGCCGGCCAUUUUGAGUCAACCCUAUUUCAGCAGUCAUGGCCUGAGUGUACAAAUCUAUAUAAAUGCCUUUGACUAUCCAUUCUAUGCCUCGAGUAAAUUGCCAACCUGGUGUCUGGCCGGAAAUCCGGUGCUAAAUUUACCAGAGGGCUUCAAAGUUGGUUAUAAUGGUGACAUUGGAAGCCACAUACAGGGUGAUAUAUUUGUACCGACGGGCCUAAAUUAUCCCUAUAAUCUGUCGAAAAGACAACUGAAAGCCUAUGAAAAAUAUUUUAAGGAAACGUGA